AUGUCUGAAUCACAGUCGCAUUCUCCCAAGGAGCAUGAGGAAGCAGGUGCACACUCUGGCGACGAACAAGAGCACAUGGACAAAGAGCAACAGGAUGGUCCAGGUCAGGGCCAGGGUGAGUUUGAGGUGAAGGAACAAGAUCGCUGGCUGCCAAUUGCAAAUGUGGCUCGCAUCAUGAAACUUGCGCUCCCUGAGAAUGCCAAGAUCGCCAAGGAAGCCAAGGAAUGCAUGCAGGAGUGUGUGAGCGAGUUCAUCUCGUUCAUCACCAGCGAGGCAUCGGAGAAGUGCCAGCAAGAGAAGCGGAAGACUGUCAACGGCGAGGACAUUCUGUUCGCCAUGACCUCCCUAGGUUUCGAGAACUAUGCGGAGGCCCUGAAAAUUUAUCUCUCAAAGUACCGUGAAACUCAAACCACGCGAAAUGAGAAUCAGGGCCGCCCGGAGAGCAGUGGAUUUGGUGCUGGUGGUCAGGUUGGUGGCGCCGGUCAGCCUCGCCCCGGUGGGUUUCCAGAGGGCGCCGAGGGAGCGAACCAAAUCCUGAACCCCAAUUUGGACCCGACCGACCAAGAGGCAUAUGGGUACUCCGCUAUCGUUGGACAGCCUCACAACGGCGCUGGUGGAGAUGCUUAUUAG